CGGCACCGCCGGCAGCAACCUCGCUGCUGGAGCGGUGCUCCUGGCCCUGGUCCUGGUUCAGGUUCUCCCCGUGGUGGUGGUGGUGGCUCCCGGAAUGCCUCUUCACGGCCUCCCUGAUUAGCCUCAGGCGGGCAACGGAGGCCGUGGUCCGGGGUGAUCACCGCGGCUCUGGGACCGGCGGGGCCGCGGCGGAGUGUCCUGGGGCCGCGUCGGAGAGCUUCUUCUCCGGGGCCGAGGUGGAGUAGGCCCGGGCCGUGGCGGAGUGAUCCGAAGCCGGGGCGAUGAGCUCCUUCUCCGGGGUCGUGGUGGGGAGCUCCUUCUUCGGGGCCGAGGUGGAGUGGACCAGGACCGCGGAGGAGAAAUCCAUCUCUGGGGCCGGGGUGAAAUGAUCCGGAGCCGUGGCGGACUGAUGGCGUUGCCUGGUGGUGUCUAGCGGCGUGGCUUCCGGGGUAUCGUGGCGGCGAGCAGCGGACCCACCAGAGGACGCGGGAGCAGCAGAGGCCGCAGCAGGCCGCGGACCCUCACCACCCGCCAGGCUGUCGUCAUACUACACCAGGGCACUGUAGCGGUUAGAGAGGGGCAGUGGAGGCGAAGCCGCGGUGGGCUUAGGCUUGCGGCCCUGCACUACCACCUGGUCCGGAGUAGAGCAGGAGGGAGCCCAGGGAGCUGGAGCGGUGGUGUUGUUCAUGAAGGAGGAGAUGAGCAUGGAUUGUCCCUCGGCCAGCGUCCGGGCCUGCUCCAGCAGAUCGUCUUUUUCCCUGAGCUCCUCCGACAGCCGGCGGAUGUCCUCCAGCAGGUCGGUGACGAUCCUGUUCGCCUUCACGACCAGGGGGUGCAGGCGAGGUCCCCUGUGCAACGCUGCGGCCAUGUUGGGCUGGCAGCACGGCCUCACACACCGGUACCCACACCUCUGAGAGGCAGAGAGAGGCACGCUUCUGCCCCUCCCCCCGUCAAUUCUCGGCAGCCCACCACGAUGCCCACCCCCCUCAUCGACAAUUUCAUGGGAGCAUGGCCCGCCACCGGGGCAUCAAGACAAAUUCAAGACAAAUGUGGCCCUCUCCACCAUUUAAGUUGCCCAUCCCUGAUAUAGAUAUAGAUACAGAUAGACAGACAUCUGGCUGCAGUAAAUUUGAGUAAAACACAGCUUGCUGAUACCAUGUCAAUGCACUGAUAGAAACACAGACGUCAGGUUGUGAAUAACAAAUUACCAGGGGUCAUCAGGUCAGUAGGUAAUCCUAAUCCUGUGCAAACUGAUCUUAAAACAGACUUUCACAAUCCUGAUAUGUGGAAAUUGAGAAAAUCAAGAUUGUAGUACAGACCUCUAUACAGGUGUGCAGCUGUGAUCGGUUGAGUCUUAUGCGUCUGAUCCCAUCUUUCUUGUUCUUCCUUUUGCAGGUUAAAGCAAUCUGACCGAACUGCUGCAUCAGUACAUCACCUCAACACCAUGACAUCGUUGACUUACCCUGAAAUUUUCAAUCGUUGAUAAGCAUGACUACGAAGCAGAUUAUCAACUCAGCAGUUCAACUCAGGGUUUUCCAGUGCCUCAGUAACGUCUCAUCCAAAUAUAAAGACCUGGUCAAAACAAGCAUCCUGAUCUCAGGAGGAUGUCCCAAAAUCUACCAGUUAAAACCCAAGAAGGACAAUAUUGGCACUGUGACCAGAAUGACUGUUGGAGAGAGAAGCCUGAACAGGCCCAAUAAAACCGUCCUGCUGGUUGGUGAAACAGGAAGUGGAAAGUCUACACUGAUCAACGCUCUGUUCAACCACAUGAUGGGAGUGACCUGGGAGGAUAAAGUCUGGUUUGAGAUAGUGAAAGAGGAGAAGACGUCUGAUCAGAAAGUGAGUCAGACUUCAGACGUUAUUAUGUACCAGAUCUUUGGUGAUGAAGGUAACGCUCCACCCUUCUCUCUGACCAUCAUUGAUACUCCUGGAUUUGGAGACACCAGAGGGACUGAACGUGACACCAAGGUCAGUGAAAGACUGCUGGGCCUGUUUCGAGCAGACGACGGCGUGCACAGCAUUCAUGCUGUGGGUCUGGUGUUGAAGUCAAGUGACAAUCGUCUGAGUGAUCGACUGUUGUACGCCUUCAACUCAGUGAUGUCUCUGUUUGGAAAAGACAUGGAGAAAAACAUUGUGGCUCUGGUGACUCAGUCAAAUGGACUCACACCUAAAAACGCUCUUGAUGCUCUUGAAGGAGCCAAAAUCAAAUGUGCAGUUAACAAGAAGAACCAGCCCACUCACUUCCUGUUUGACAACCUGCAGAAAACAGAGAGAACAGAGGAAGAAGAAUUCAUUGUGGAGCAUGUAUGGAAAAUCUCCAAGAGAGGGAUGAAGCAGUUCACUGCCUUCUUAGAUGAAAUAACUCCUCAGACACUGGAUGAAACUGUCAGAGUCCUGAAUGAACGUGUUCGUCUGACAGCCUGCAUCAAAAACCUGCAGGAGAGGAUCUAUGUGAAAGAGCUGAAGAGAAGAGAGAUCCAGCAGAAACAGGAAGCUGUGAGAGAAUGUAAAGAAAUGAUGAGAGAGAAUAAGAAAUACAGCGGUCAUGUAGAGGUGCCAUACAAAAUAAAAAAAGACUUACCUACUGGAGGCUGGGGCCUCUUCAAGUAUUCAGGAGCUGUCUGCUGCACUUCCUGUGAGGAGAACUGUCACUAUCCAUGCUCUGUGUCCUGGACUGCAGGAAUGUGUGAGGUGAUGAAAAAAGGCCGCUGUACUGUUUGCAGUGGGAAGUGUCCUGCAUGGUCUCAUGUCAAAAACAAAUGGAGAUAUGUCACUGAGUCAAAGAGAGUUCCAUAUACUAACAAAGAGAUGAAAGAGGAGUUUGAGAAGAACAAGUUGGCCGGAGAUGAAGAAGAAAACCUACUGGAGACGUUAAAAGACCAGGAGACGAAGAUGAUGGAGGAGGAGAGGCCACUGCUGGAUGAAGCCUACCAACAUGUGAUCAGUCUGCAGAAGAUCGCCCUCAACGUCGACUCAGUGUCCACCUACGUCCUCUAUGACUUCCUGAUUGAGAAAAUGUCAGAGAGAGGAGACCAGGAGAAGGUCCAGAAGCUGAAGGAGAUGAAAGAUAAAGCGGACCAACAAACCAAGUCAGGAGCAGCUUAUGUGCGCAAUACACUCAAGGUAGUUUAAAACUGGUACAUGAAGUAAAACUAAGAGCUGAGCGUCCUGUCAGAGAGAAGCUGUUUUAAGUGUCCACUGAUGUUCUGUAGAUAUGAAGAGGAGAAAGAAUAGAUACAUAGAAGAAUUAUAAAUUAUAUACAUGAGAAAGCAAAGGAGGCAGGGAGAAAGACUCAGGGGUCAGUCCAUCCUGAAGCUGGAGGAUUAGCCCUGAAGCUACCAAAUGUGGUGAGGACUGGAUAGGAUGAAUUAAUGUUUGGGAUUAUUGUCAAAAGAGGUUGAAAAAAUGAAUGUUGCUUUUCAGUGACACGAGUUCACAGUAGAAAGUUUGACUGAUUCUAUUUUUUUUUCUUUUUAUCCUUUACACUUUGAUUUUUUUAAAAGUAUCAUGUAAGCUCAUUUGAUCAUAUAUUAUUUUAUAAUCCCGCUCAUAUAUAAUCCCAUGCAUGCUGGCUGUUGUUCAGCUCAGUAAAGUAUUGUUGUGUUUGAAAUCCGACAUUAUUAUCUUUUGCUUCUCUGCUCAUUUUGUUGUUUUAUGAUAAUGACAAUAAAUAUUCUGAAUCUGAAUAAAGUAGAACAGGAUGCAGCUGUUGAACUGAAUAUAACCCCACGAGUCGACAUCUUGUCCUGAUUGGCUGGUGUGAAGAACUCACCUGCAGAUCCCACGUGGGUUGAGUGCAUGAGUUUUUUGUUUUUUUUUUCCCAAUGUGUGCUUUUGUUUUUUUUUUUUGUUUUUUGUUUUUUGUGGAGAACUGAGGCUGCAGUUGGUUCCCUUGGUAACAAGACAGGACCACAUGUGUCAGAGCAGAAAGUGGACGGGAGAAUAUUAAAGCCCUGUCUUCCAGUGGCUCGCUCUCGUCCAGAGGCGGCCGCCUGCUGGAGCUCUCUGAACUUCCAAUCUGACAAAGAAAAAGAUCUUUGAAGAUUUCUGAAGCUGGAAAGAGUCAGCCUUUGAGGUUGAUGAGAAUCAGACACACAAAUUUAGAUUAAAAUCAGAUUAUCUGGAGCGGCGAAAUCUGAACACUGCUCUCCUGAAUUAUCCAAAUCCAAAUUAAUACAAGUCUGAAAUUUAAGACGAGUAAGAACCAACACAAAAUCAGUUCUCUUUGACAAUUAUUCAUUUAUUCUGGUGUUUUACCUUUUUACCAUAUUUUUUUUUAAUCAUAACUUGUAAUCCUUUCAGUGAAUAAAACCCAUAAAGGUUAAAAGUU